GCUAUUUAGCUACUUACCCCGGAAGCGCUUUCCCUUUCCUUCCAGCAGCGCGGAGCAAGAUGGCGGUGCAGAUCUCCAAGAAGAGGAAGUUUGUUGCCGAUGGCAUCUUUAAAGCUGAGCUCAAUGAGUUCCUGACCCGAGAGCUGGCUGAAGAUGGCUACUCUGGUGUGGAGGUCCGAGUCACUCCAACCAGGACAGAAAUUAUCAUACUUGCCACCAGGACCCAAAAUGUCCUCGGUGAGAAGGGUCGUCGUAUCCGUGAGCUGACUGCAGUUGUUCAGAAGAGGUUUGGCUUCCCCGAAGGCAGUGUUGAGCUCUAUGCCGAGAAGGUUGCCACAAGGGGUCUGUGUGCCAUUGCCCAGGCAGAAUCUCUGCGUUACAAGCUCCUAGGAGGCCUGGCUGUGAGAAGAGCAUGUUAUGGUGUGCUGCGUUUCAUCAUGGAGAGUGGCGCCAAGGGUUGUGAAGUUGUUGUGUCCGGCAAGCUGCGAGGUCAGAGAGCCAAGUCCAUGAAGUUUGUGGAUGGCUUGAUGAUCCACAGUGGAGACCCUGUGAACUACUAUGUGGAUACAGCUGUACGCCACGUGCUCCUCCGGCAAGGUGUGCUCGGUAUCAAAGUAAAGAUCAUGCUGCCAUGGGACCCAAGUGGAAAGAUUGGCCCCAAGAAGCCCUUACCUGAUCAUGUCAGCAUUGUUGAGCCCAAAGAAGAGAUUCUGCCCACCACCCCCAUCUCUGAGCAGAAAGGAACCAAGCCAGAGCAACAGCCCCAGCCACCUGCCAUGCCCCAGCCUGUUCCUACUGCAUAAAUGCUGAAGACCAGGACUUGAGGAUUUUGGAUACAAACCCAAACUGUAAAAAUAAAAGAAAAACCCAACAAA